UGCCAAGUUGUUAUUAUCGAGUUUUGUAACAAUUGAAAAUAUUCAGAGUCUGGGGGGAUGUUUUCAUAUUUCUCUUUGUUAUUAGUAUUUAUAUAAUUUAUUUGUGCUGUGCAAUCGAUUUUAUGUACCUGUUGAAACCCACUGAAAAAUGGGGUUAAGAUUGACAAGCUCUGUGUUGAACUUGACAUUGAAAAAUUUGGCUAGGUUGGCUGGAGCUGAUUGUUCUCGAAUUCAUGCUGUGUGUGGCAGGAGAGAUAUUGAUUUUGAGCUGAAAUUAUCGAGGGUGUCAUUGUACUGCAGUGAGACUCCGAAAAAAUGCUGGCAGUGCGAGUUUCCGUACAAGUCUGAGUUGUUUUGUCAAAAAUGUAAAACACUUCAGAAACCACCCGAGUCUCUGGAUUAUUUUGACAUCCUUGGAGUCAAGAGGGAUUACGAUGUGGCAGAUAAGGAGGUGCAGAGGAAGUACAGGGCGUUGCAGAAUUUGCUGCAUCCUGAUAGAUUUGGAUAUAAAACAGAGAGGGAAAAACAAUAUUCUGACAAUUUAUCAUCUUUACUGAACAAAGCGUAUGCAACGUUGGCGAAUCCCCUAGAUCGAGGCCUAUAUUUAUUAAGCCUGAACAAUCUUUCGAUUUCGGAAGAAACGACUAAUAUGGAUCCAGAGUUCCUUAUGGAGAUUAUGGAGAGGAAUGAAGAAGUUCAAGAUGCAUCGAAGGAUAAGGAGAAAAUUGUGCAAUUAAUUAUGAAAAACCAGGCCAUAUUGGUGGAAUUAUCAAGAGAAGUUUCAAAGUCCUUCCGCAACAAUAAUCUCGAAGAAGCGAAACGCACACUGGUGAAGAUGAAAUAUUAUGCUAGCUUGGACGAGAGACUGAAAAAAAUCAAACAGGACUUAGGAAUCGUGAGUUAGAACAAGGGAUGGGUCCUUGUUUUAUAAAAAAACACUGUAAAUAAAUAAAUACUUCAAGGACUUUAUUUAUACAA